CGUGGUUCGUUGCGCGUUCUUAAAUUGGCGGGGCACGACGUGGAGGACUUUCGAAAAAACGUCACAACAGUGAAAUAAACUAUGGCGACAGGUGUCCAACAUGACCUGAUGAAGCAGGCACAGUGCUUUUGGUCAAUGCUGGAUGAGCUUGCAGAGACCUAUGAAGAUGCAUACAGGAAGUUCAUGGCCACAAACCUCCAAAGAGGACAGCAAGAAUUGACACCGGCCAAGCCAUGGAUGUGUGUCAAGACCCGUAUCAUGUAAUGGACGUGUGAACUCCUUCACUGCCACAGUCGGCUACAGAGUAACGCCUUUCAUGGGUUAAAGGAUUAUUACUGGGGUUGGACUAACGAAGCUGUCUGCAAAUAAACUAUGCUCGUGUCAGAGGCACUGAAUGGUAAAAUGGACAAAAGGAAGGCUUCCAAGCAUCAGCCAGAACCAACAGCAAAGAGAGUCCGAAGAGACAAUGAGACACAAACGCCACGGACACAAACUAACCCUGGUCCAAGCACAGCACCAGACACGCAGGCAGCUCCAACUCAACAACUACCGGCUGAUGGAGCGAGGGAUGACCAACAAACGACUCGGCAGGAACCGCAGGCAGGGCCUUCUCAGCAGGAACCAACGCCACAACCACCCCCACAACUACAGCCAGGACCAGAAAGAAAAUUGGAUGUUGAGCCUCCCCACGCUUCAGAAACAAACUUGGAUAAAGAGCAUCCCGAACUUCCAGGUAUCAGUGACACCAUUCUACGCAAGAUCUCUGAAAGGCUUGGCUCUGAAUGGCAGAGGCUGGCUACACAUCUCGGUUUAAGCGCUGCAGAGAUCGAGCACAUCUUGAUGGAUGACCCAGGCCAGACGGAGAACCAGAUCUUCAACAUGCUGGCUGAAUGGAGGCGCAAACAAAGGGACGUGUUAUGUGCAGCUCUGAUGAAGAUCGGCAAAACAGACAUAGUCGAAGACUUGAAAGAUUUAAGUGACCCUGUUCUACGCAUGAUCUCUGAGAAGCUUGGCUACGUAUGGCGUAAGCUGGCUACACAUCUCAGUUUAAGCGCUGCAGAGAUCGACUGCAUUGUGAUGGAUGACCCAGGCCAGACAGAGAACCAGAUCUUAAACAUGCUGGUUGAAUGGAGGUGCAAACAAAGGGAAGUGUUAUGCACAGCUCUGAUGGAGAUCGGCAGAAGGGACAUAGCUGAAGACCUGAUAGGUAUCAGUGAUCUUGAUCUACGCAUGAUCUCUGCCAAGUUUGGCUCUGAAUGGUGGAAGCUGGCUACAUAUCUCAGUUUACGCCCCACAAUGAUCGAGCGCAUCGUGAUGGAUGACCCAGGCCAGACGGAGAGCCAGAUCUACCAAAUGCUGGUCAAAUGGAGGCGCCAACAAUCCACAAGCACGGAUCAGAGGGACGUGUUAUGCACAGCUCUGAUGGAGAUCGGCAGAAGGGACAUAGCUGAAGACCUGAUAGAGGCUGAAGUGGGAGGAGCUAGAGAACAGAGCAGGCAGAGAAGAACUACAUCAUCUGAAAGACGGGGACAGGGAGAUGUUGGUCAUCGAGACAAGUCUCACCAAGAAGUUCAAGAAAGAGGGGCUAAAGAACAAAGCAAGCUGCUCUGUACCUCAUCAUCUGAGGGACAGAGACAAAAUCAGCAAGAGGCAGGAGGAACACAUCAGGACAUUCAGAAAGAGACGAUGCAAUCAUCCGAGGAUCAUGGACUGAUAGGGUCAACACACCAAAAACCAGGUCAUGGACCUGUAGUUUCUAUCAAGGGCGAAAAUUGUCCUGUCAUCGUGGGAGAUGCUAAUCAUUCGACUUUUAACUUUAACAUUACAGUAGAAAGUUCACGGUUUCCAAAAGUGUCAAUAGCAACAGAUGUAACAAGGCAGGGUGGCGAGGACCGUGGCAUGAAUGAUGUUCUCCGGAUAGCCCUGACUACCUUACAUAGAACGGAGGGAAAGGAAUACGUCCUUGAGCAAAUCUCAGCUAUCCUGAAAUCAUGUGACGGAGAGCUUGAGGAAGUAAUAUCUGGGUCUGUGACAUUUGUUGUUCGCUUCAAGAGUCGGGAGGGUCUGAACAAACUCUGGAGUAUGUACACCACUGGCGAACUCGCCAAGAAACUGACAAAGAUUCUCAUAACGGAUGAACUGACUACAGAAGAUAAGAGUGACUUGGCUAUCAAGGCGACUAUACCAGAAAGCGACUACGAUCGGGCCUGCAAAUUCUUUGACGAAUUGGAAAAGGACCUGCAGAAAGAUGAAGAGGACUCAAGCAGCGUGGAAGAGGUACAGCAUACACAACUUGGAGAAAGCAGCACAGCAACAACGGCUUACAGUAGCGAUCCAACCGAGUACGAUGAAGACAGAUGUGAAGAGAAAGUGAAGACAUCGUUUAUAACAACAGGUAUCAGUGACCCCGUUCUACACAAGAUCUCUGAGAGGCUUUGUUCUGAAUGGCGGAAGCUGGCUACACAUCUCGGUUUCAGCGUUGCAGAGAUCGAGCGCAUCGUGAUGGAUGACCCAGGCCAGACAGAGAACCAGAUCUUCAACAUGCUGGCAGAGUGGAGGGGCCAACAAUCCACUAGCACAGAUCAGAGGGACGUGUUAUGCACAGCUCUGAUGAAGAUCAACAGAAGGGACAUAGCUGAAGACCUGUUUGUUUUGGACAUUAACUUAGCCUCAUUAGACUUUUAA